GUCAUGACAUGAUGUCACUCCUGUAUCAUUUUUUAGAUGAAUGGCUAUUUAUCUUCUCCGCAGAUCCGUUCUUCAUACCUAGGGUUGUAAAAAUAGUCGACUUUGACUUGAAGAACUUUAGAAUUCGAUCUAGGGGCUGGGGCGAAGAGUUUAACAAAUCCAAACAUCCUCAGGCAAGUUUUAUUGGCACGGAGGUAAAAGCAAUAACCUAUUCAAGCAUGCAGAUACAUGAUAAGGAUGAUAUGCACGAAGUCUUCGUGAUUAUUGAUAUAUAG